AGUAACCUGUGGGUUGGGUGGUUCCAUUCCUGAGCUGCACCUCCCUAGAGACCAGAAAGUCCCCGAGCGAAGUCCGUUUCCAUCCACCCAAGAAACUCGAAUCCGUUUCAUCUCACACUCACCCCUCCUUCAGCACACCUAGCUCCGUCGAGCGGAAAUAUUUGUUUCGCACCAUCACCCUCUGUUCUUCAACGCUUGGGAAGUGCAAUGAGCUCGACGACUGUUCACACGGUUCACCCGAUCACCGCCGGUUCUUCCACGUCGGGCCCGGCAUCGACAUCAUUAUGGACCAAACUCUCCGGCUACAUCUCUGAGCACAAGGCUGUUGUCUACACGGUCGGUGCGGUGGUGAUCGUCGCCACAGCCGGUGGCAUCUACUACAUCACGCAGUCGGGGAACGACGGUGAAGCAAAGGAAAAGAAAAGCAAGAAAGACCGACGGAAAAAGGACGUCAAAGACAGCGCACCAGAGAAGGCGGACGUUCCAAGUGAUUCUAGGAAGCCGGCCGUCGCCAGCGUCGAUAACAUCCCGGAAGUGGACGAGAACACCGUUGCAUCGCUGACUGACGAGCAACGCACUGCAUAUGCGGCAAAAUUGAAGGCGGCCGGCAAUAAGGCCUACAGCGCCCAGGAUUACCCACGCGCCAUCGAGCUCUACUCCAAAGCCAUCCUAUGCAAGCGGGAUCCCAUCUUCUACUCGAACCGCUCGGCCUGUUACAAUGCGCAGGGAGACUGGAGAAAGGUUGUGGACGACACCACCAUAGCCAUCUCAAUGGAUCCGGAGUAUGUCAAGGCGCUUAACCGCCGCGCCAACGCUUUCGAGCAGCUCGAGAAGUACAGCGAGGCUCUCUUGGAUUUCACCGCCAGCUGCAUUAUCGAUGGAUUCCGGAACGAGACCUCGGCGCAGAGCGUGGAGAGGCUGCUCAAGAUGGUUGCUGAAACCAAGGGCAAAGCAAUGCUUGAGGCGAAGCCCAAGAAGUUGCCAUCCCCGACUUUUGUGUCCAACUACCUUCAAAGCUUCAGGCCACAGCCUUUCCCGAAAGGACUCGAGGAGGGCGCUGUACUCGAUGACACCUCGGGUGACUACCACCUUCAGGCUGGAUUAGAUGCUAUAAGGCGAAAGACGGCAGAUGCCUACAAUCUUGCGGCGGAGUCAUUCGAGAAGGCCAUGGAGGCGGGAACAAGCCAUGAGGCCGUUGCCCUCAACUACAGGGGAACUUUCAAGUACCUCCGAGGCGAUUCCGAGGGUGCACUUGAGGAUCUCUCCCGGAGCAUUGAGCUGGAUCCCACAAUGUCACAGAGCUAUAUCAAGCGCGCCAGCAUGAGGCUGGAACUCGGGGAUAGAGACGCCGCGGCCGUGGACUUCCAGGCCGCAAUUGAACACAAUCCUGACGAUCCUGACAUCUACUACCACCGUGCUCAGCUGCAUUUCAUCUGCGGCGAAUUUGGCGGGGCCGCUAAGGAUUACCAGAAGUCAAUUGAGCUCGACGGUGACUUCAUCUUCUCUCACAUCCAGCUUGGUGUGACCCAGUACAAGAUGGGAUCGAUCGCCUCGUCGAUGGCCACCUUCAGGCGGUGCAUCAAAAACUUCGACAAGGUCCCUGAUGUGUACAACUACUACGGGGAGCUCUUGCUGGACCAGCAAAAGUAUCAGGAGGCCAUCCAGAACUUUGACAUGGCCAUCGAAAUGGAGAAGCAGACCAAGCCCAUGGGUAUGAACGUACUGCCGUUGAUUAACAAGGCAUUGGCUCUCUUCCAGUGGAAGCAGGACUACAGUGAGGCGGAGAAGCUUUGCGAGCGCGCAUUGCUACUUGACCCCGACUGCGAUAUCGCUGUUGCCACCAUGGCACAGCUACUUUUGCAGCAAGGAAAGGUUAAUAGUGCGUUGGAGUACUUCGAGCGUGCGGCAUCACUCUCCCGAACGGAGGCCGAAAUUGUGAACGCUCUCUCGUAUGCCGAGGCAACACGCACGCAACUUCAAGUCCAGGAGAAGUACCCUCAACUCGCUUCGAAAUUGCAGGGAAUGGCGGGAGGAAUGGGCCCCAGGUAGGCAAAAACAUCUAUAUGUACAGUAGUUCCUUCGGCAAACUCAUUGAUGGUGUCUUUAGUUUUAGUGGAUAGGUGAAAUUGUAUUGGUCUCUGAUUUGAGUACAAAAAGGAUUGUGCGAAUGCUGCUUUCCACACACGUGUAGUUAAAGAAUGCCCUGUUGUUCCCUCUCUCUUCUAUCUCUAUCCGCCUGCUCUAUUUUUCCGGUCUAGUUUGUUGGGAUCUUUUGGCCACUGAAACGAAUAUGUACAUAGGAUUUCAGUUGUGAAGGCAUUUAAAUCGGUAGAUAGGUGACUUAUGACCCGUACAUGCUCUCGGGGUUUAGGUACCUAGAUUGGCAGUGAUGAAACGGGGUACAAUCCACGAAAUAUCAC